AUGGAGGAACACUACAGCAACAACAAGUUACAGAACAACAGCUAUGAUUAUGAUUAUAACAUCAGCUAUCAUGAUGUAAUUGAGCUACCGAUUCUGCUAGACGUUGAGCUAGAGAUUGUGUGGUGGAUCGUCAUCGUCAUCUGUCUUCCUUUGAUCAUACUGGCCAUCUACUAUCUGUAUUCUCUGGUACGUCAUGAUCACGUUGCUCCAAUCUACGUCAUCAACCUUCUCAUCUCUGACCUUAUUCAGCUCUGUUGCAUGGCCACAUUGUUGGGAAACCUCAAGGGUGUUCUGUUCUUCAUCAUCCUCUCAAUUCACCUCUUUGGUGUAACGGCCAGUGUCGGCUUCAUGGUCUGUAUUUCCCUGGAAAGGUAUUUGCUCAUCGCCUGGCCUCUGUGGUACCGCUUCAGAAGAACCGUGAAGGUCUCAGUGAUGGUCUGUGUUGUGGUCUGGGUCUUAGCUUUGGCCCUUUCUGUUUUGAAUGUAUUCAUUCCCAUGUUCAGUAGCGGUAGUCUCGAGCCCAUUCCAGUAUUCCUUCUCCUCCCCUUCCCCGUGCUCAUCUUCUCUGUGGUUGGGAUCUUUAAAGGCCUGUCUGCUGCCAUCUCUGUGUCCUCUGAGGAAAAACGACGAAUUGUUGGAGCUACGAUUCUGGUGUUGCUUAAUUACACACUGCUGUUCUUGCCUUACAUAAUUUGGACCAUAAUACCACAUCUUUAUAUGACUUACUAUUCAACAUUCAUCUUCUUCAAUCCUCUUGGAGACUUGGUUCUGUAUGUUUUCAUGAGAAAAGGGGCCAUAGACAAGAUUUUAGCCUCUGUGUGUUGUUGCAGGAUGGAAACACAGCAGCAGCAGAUUAUUGCUGUAAAUGAUAAUAACAUGACGGCAGUCAGCUCUGUGUAG